AUGGACAUCUUCGUUUUUGUGGUGUUGAUUUCCAAUUUGCUUCUUUUCUUCUUUGCAUUCUCGGAUGCUGCUGAUAGCAUUACUAAAUCUCAAUUCCUCAGUGACAUUGAUAACACAACCUUGGUCUCUAAAGAUGGAGGCUUUGUCCUGGGGUUCUUCAGUCCCGGUAAUUCCUCUAACCGUUACUUGGGAAUUUGGUACAACAAAAUCCCAGUUAAGACGGUUGUUUGGGUAGCAAACCGGCUCAACCCAAUCAAUGACUCGUCCGGCAUGUUGAUAUUAAACAGUUCAGGUAGUCUUGUUCUUCUCAGCCAGAAUACGUCUAUUACUAGGUUGGCGAAUUCAACGAAAGAGGCAGGGAGUCCAGUUGUUGAGCUUUUAGAUUCUGGAAAUCUAGUGUUAAGAGAAGAGAAUGAAGGAAACCCAGAACGCUAUUUGUGGCAAAGCUUUGACUAUCCUUCUGAUACGUGGCUACCUGGGAUGAAACUUGGAUGGGACUUAAGGAUUGGUCUGAAUCGGCAUCUAUCUUCAUGGAAGAGUUCAGAUGACCCCUCACCUGGAGAACUGAGCUGGGGGAUUGAACUUCAUAAUUACCCUCAAUUUGUCAUGAAGAACGGCUCCCAGAAGUGCUUCCGGUCCGGCCCAUGGAAUGGCCUUUUUUUCAGUGGUAUGCCAGAGUUACAGACCACCCGGGAUUACAGCUUCACUUUUGUCUACAACAAGGACGAGGUACAAUUCACAUUCGACAUGGCUCAAAGUUCUGCAAUAAUCACAAGAAUAGUUAUGAACCAAUCACAGUAUGAGGUCUACACGUGGGUUGAAGAAAAAAAAGAAUGGAGCAUGUUGUUAUAUUUACCAAAAGACAAAUGUGACAGUUAUAAUUUAUGCGGUGCUUAUGGAAAUUGUAUCAUGGGUGAGUCACCUGUCUGUCAAUGUGUAGAAGGAUUCAAGCCUAAAUCACUACAAACAUGGAACCCAGAAGAGUGGCAUAAGGGAUGUGAACGCAGUAAGAAAUUGAGCUGCCACGAUAAAGAUAAAAUUGCGUUUGUUAAAUUUGUUGGGCUCAAAUCGCCAGAUACUAAGGAUUCUUGGGUGGAAGAAAGCAUGGAUUUUGAGGAAUGCAGAGACAAAUGUUUGAACAACUGUAGCUGUACGGCUUAUACAUACUCAAAUAUCAGAUACGGAAUAAGUGGCUGCGCCAUGUGGUUUGGGGAUCUAUUUGAUAUUAGACAGAUUGCAGAUGAUAACAGCAUGGAUGUUGAUAGUCAGAAUGUAUAUAUUCGAAUGUCCGCUUCAGAGAAAGAGGUGAAAAACAAGCAAAAGAUGAAGGUGAUAAUGAUAGUUGUGGUUGCCAUUGCCGUAGUUUUUGGGGUACUCUUGAUUCCCUACUACAUUUGCAAAAGGUCAAACUUCAGAGGGGAGGACUUGAUAUCAUUUGAUUUCAGCGACAGGGCUAUACAACGAGGACUAAUCAACAAGAAGUGGACUGGAAAAGGUAGAAAUAAGGAAAUGGAGCUUCCACUCUUCAGUUUUUCUAGUGUAUCUAUCGCUACAAAUUACUUCAGUGCCUCAAAUAAACUUGGAGAGGGUGGUUUUGGACCUGUUUACAAAGGAUCCUUGCUGAAUGAACAAUCAAUAGCAGUAAAAAGACUCUCAAGAAAAUCUGGACAAGGAUGGGAAGAGUUGAAAAAUGAGGCAAUGCUUAUAGCCAAACUCCAACACAAAAAUCUUGUGAAACUGCUUGGCUGCUGCAUUGAAAGAAAUGAAAAGAUUUUGAUCUAUGAAUAUUUGCCCAAUAAAAGCUUAGAUUAUUUCCUUUUUGAUCCAAUUAGAUACGGGAUAAUAGAUUGGGCAACCCGAACUCACAUCAUUGAAGGGAUUGUUCAAGGGCUUCUUUACCUCCAUCAGUAUUCUAGGUUACAAAUCAUUCAUAGAGAUUUGAAGGCUAGCAACAUCUUGCUGGAUAAAGACAUGAAUCCUAAGAUAUCAGAUUUUGGAUUGGCAAAAAUUUUUUGUGGGAAUGGGUCACAAGCAACCAACCGAAUAAUGGGGACUUAUGGCUAUAUGUCCCCAGAAUAUGCAAUGGAAGGCCUCUUCUCAAUUAAAUCUGACAUCUUUAGUUUUGGAGUAUUAUUGUUAGAGAUCUUGAGUGGCAAGAAGAAUACUGGUUUCUAUCAGAGUGGCUCUAUCAAUCUUAUUGGAUAUGCAUGGGAUUUGUGGAAAAGCAAUAAGUCGUUGGAGUUGAUGGAUCCAAUCCUUGGAGAUACUCCUCCUGCAAAUGUCCUUUUGAGAUAUAUAAACAUAGCAUUCCUUUGCGUCCAAGAAAAUGCAGCUGAUAGGCCUACCAUAUCAGAUGUGAUCUCGAUGUUCAAUAAGGAACCUGCACUUCUACCUUCACCAAAAAAACCAGCAUUUUCAUUUGCCAGAGGUAUCGAGGAUUUGGGUUCAUCUAAGAAAAAGCUAGAAAUUUGUUCUGUAAAUGACGUGACAGCCUCAAUUUUGGAAGCUCGAUAACAAUUUAGAGUCUUAGACUUUGGUGAUCAUACCUCAAUUGU